AUGGAGGAUCAAGUCAAACGCACGCACCGAGAGCUAUCGAGGGACGUAAAAGUGGCGGUCAUCCAACACCAUCAUCCCUUUCUCGUCAAGGGCAAACUGCAGCGCGGUGCGUACAAGCAAGUCGCUGAGAAACUGAGUCUGAGCCCCCGCACAAACGGUCGGCUAUAUCUGGCGCAAAUUUUGCGACCGCGGCACCACGUCCAACAAAAUGCGUGGAAGCGUUGGACCCAAACUAACCUGCACGGCCCACUUACCGCCGCCACCGGUCUCUCGCCUGCCACCUUGAAUCGCCACCUCAAGGGAGGAACAUUCGAGCAACGUUCAACUCGGAUUAAACCCCUGCUGACGGACGAGAACAAGGCAGAGCGUGUUGCGUUUUGCCGCUCGCUUGCGCUCGCGGAAAUCGACGGCGGAGCCGGUCUCCCCGACCCCGAUGAGUCCAUUAAUUCGACGGUCUAUGGGACGUCGUGCUUCUUGAUGAGAAAUGCUUCAACGCACACAAAGACCAUCACAAGGUGUUCCUUGCCCCUGGUGAAGCGUCACCACGGCGCUCUUGGAAAAGCAAGCGCUUCAUUCCAAAGGUCAUGUUCCUUUGUGCUGUUGGACGACCACGCAUUGAUGACGAACGGGGUGUGUGUGGUAUUCAGUGGCAAGAUUGGAUUGUGGCCAUUCGUGCAACAAGUCCCUGCUCUUCGCAACUCGCGCAAUCGCCCGGCUGGGACUAUGGUCACCAAGUUGGUCAAAGUUGACGCCGCUGUAUACCUGGAUUUCGUCAUCAACAAGGUCAUACCUGUCAUCAAGGCGUCAUUCUCCAGUGCGUCGAAGCAAGUUCUUCUGCAACACGACAACGCGACUCCACAUGGAAGCAUCACGGACGCUGUGCUCGAAGGCAUGUCUACUGACGGGUGGACGUUCAAGAUUCGCAAACAACCGCCCAAUUGUCCCGAUUUGAAUGUUUUGGACCUGGGAUUUUUCGCGUCCAUACGUAGGCUAGGAAAUUUUUACCAAUAG